AUGCCCAAAAUAAUCAACACAAUUGUGGACAGUUGGCGCAGUCCAAAAGGAUUCCUAUAUUGGCAGAUCUUUGGUGUGGCUCUCAUAUUCAUAUUGAUUUCCAUGAUUUUGCUGAUUAGCUUUGGCUCUGCUAUCACAACGUUCGGCCAGCGUAAUUGUCCGGCUGCUGUUACCUUUAUCACUGGCGGUCUACUGACCUUUUGCAUCUAUGUCAAUCUAUUAUUUCUGCGACGAGAGUUCCCCUUCAAUUGGGUCUGUAGCUCUUGCAUAGGACUGCUCCUGGCGCUUGGUGUGGCCUCAGUAUUACACGGAGAGAAUAUCAACUACUAUAUUCUGCUAACCAUUGAGAUUAUAUCGAUAAUGAGUCUGAUUUUUGUAAUGGGCUCGUGGCGUCCUCCCUUAUUUCAUCCGGGCAUCUUCAUUAUAUUGGCAACAAUCUCACUUGUCUCUCUGGUAUAUCUCGUAAUGUCAUUGAUAGCGGCUGCUUGCUCCGAUUGCGAUGAUGACAUGCCCAUUUGGAUAACGCACUGCGUUCUCUGGCUACUCAUGCUGCCGCUGCUCCUCUUUCAAUCCCAGGUGAUCAAUGGCCGAUGGUCGAACUACACGGUACCCGCCACGGAUGCGCCUCUCUGUUCUCUGUGCAUUCUCAUUGACUAUUUGGCCAUCUAUGCCUUUCUGCAUUCCGCCUAUGAUAUUGAGUAUGCCUUUCAUUAUAUUGGUGUAAAAAACAAUUUGAAACAUCUUAAACGCGUCAUGGACGCGGACGUUUAA